GGCUCCUGCGCAACGGAGAGGGCAACGCAGGACGCCUAUACUACACGUGCGUCUGUGUGCGCAGAUUGCGUACCGCGCCACAAUAGAUAUUCACCAUUUCACCAGAAUAGGCCGGUAGUUCUCGUUGAACCGCGCCACGAACAGCACGGCACGGCGUGGCAACGCGGCCGCUUAUUUGUUCACCCCAUCCCCUACAGGAUCUCCAACUCACACCUGCAAAAAACACACACAGUUGGACCUUAACCCGACAGCUCCUCCUCGAGCAGCAGUUGACGAGAGCCGUCGACCGAUCAGCGCAACACAAGCGCUCAGUACCGCCACGCAAUCCGACCCGGGAUGGACUUCUACGAGCCCGCUCCGCUAGCGCUGGGCUACGGUAAUGGUACCCGCGAAUGGUUUGUGGACCGUUGGGACGCACUGCUAGACACGAUCGGAGAUGAUCAGGAAACGCUGUACGUGUGGGUGCUAACGUUCUACACCAACGCCAUCUACUGGAUACUGGGCGGGCUGUUCGUGGUGAUGGAUCUGACCGAGUGGCCCAAGUUUAUGCGCAAGUACAAAAACCAGCCCGGCAUGAACGAGCCGCUGGAUUGGGAAAAGUUCAAAAAGCUGGUGAAAACGCUACUAUUCAACCAAACCGUCGUCGGUAUCCCGACGGCCUACAUUGCGUUCAAUCUCAGCCGAAACGGUGUGCCACCGCCGCGUGCCCUACCGUCGGCGUUCACGGUCGUGCGCGACUUUGCCGUCUGCAUCACGCUGUGGGAGAUCACGUUCUACUACAGCCACCGGUUGCUGCACUCGCGCUUCUUCUACAAGUACGUGCACAAGAAGCACCACGAAUGGACGUCCCCGGUGGCCCUGGCCGCCAUGUACGCGCACCCGUUCGAGUACGUCAUCAGCGAUCUGCUGCCGGUGUUUGCCGGCCCGGCCGUCAUGAAGUGUCACGUUGCGACGACCGCCAUCUGGUUCGCGUUCGUCAUGGUGGACACGGUGCUGGAUCACUGCGGCUACCAUCUGCCGUUCCUUUCCAGCCCGGAAUCGCACGACUACCAUCAUCUCAAAUUCAACCAGUGCUUUGGGCUGUACGGAUGGAUGGAUUGGUUCCAUGGUACCGAUUCCGAGUUCCGGAAGAAGAAACAGUUCCAGCGGCAUCACCGCAUCGUCGGAUUCCAGUCAGCGCGAGAGCUAGUGCCGGACAAUGAUCAAGACCUGAGAUGUCUCGGCCAGUGCGAGGGAGUUACUAUUUUGUCGUGCCCCUCCACUGCUGCUGGCACCCAGACGCGCAGCAGCUCCCCUACGAUGAACCAUUCGUUCGUCCCGCCCUGGAUGGCCACCGCCGGCGACGGUAACGUGUCGUUCGCGGGUGUCCACCAGCUUCCCGACAGCGAUAACGAUGGACCGCUCGUGCUGUGGUUCAACCAGACGUGGAACAGCUUGCUCGAUCGCAUCGGUGAUGACAACGUGACGCUCUACGUCGGAUUCCUGACCGUCUACACGUACUCCUUCUUCUGGCUGGUCGGUGGGCUGUUCGUGCUGAUGGACCUGACCAACUGGCCCGCCGCCCUGCGCAAGUACAAAAAUCAACCGGGCGCAAACGAACCGCUCGAGUGGAGCCGGUGCAAAUAUCUCAUCAAAGUGGUGCUGCGCAAUCAAUUCCUGUACGGCAUCCCGACGACCUACUUCGGAUUUGCGCUGCGCAAGCUCGUCUUUUUCGAGCCACCGAAUCCGCGCAUCCUGCCCACGCUGCCGAUCGUGUUUCGCGAUCUGCUGUUCUGCAUCGUGUUCUGGGAGAUUACGUUCUACUACAGCCACCGGUUGCUGCACUCGAGCUACUUCUACAAGCGCGUGCACAAGAAGCACCACCAAUGGUCGGCCCCGGUCGCCUGGGCGGCCAUGUACGCCCAUCCGUUCGAGUUCAUCAUCAGCGACCUGCUGCCGGUGUACGUUGGACCGGCCAUUAUGAGCAGCCACGUGCUUACGUUUGUGGUGUGGUUCACGUUCGUCAUGAUGGACACGCUGGUGGACCAUUCCGGGUAUCAUCUGCCGGUGCUGGGCAGCUCCGAGAUGCACGACUACCAUCAUCUCAAGUAA